UACACAUAAUGGAUGGAUAUAAUAACCCCAUCAUUUAAUGUAUUUAGGCCAAGCCACUCAUUGUGGAGCAGUACACUCAUUGUGGAGCAGUACAUUCUAUGACUUCAGUGUGUAGGUUCAAAUCGCACUCAGUUUACUGUGUAAAACACAAUAUAGGACAUCAAAGAUUAUGAAGAAAAAGCAUCAUGGGACUGUUAAAUGAUCAAAGAAGAAACUGGUCUUUUAUCUACAAGGACUGAAGGAUGAUGUCGUAAAGGCAUAAUUAUGAGUACUUUUUGCUUGUUUGGGCCAAAUUGUUUGGUGUUACGGAUGGGCAAAUUAAUAGAUGAUUAGUAUUUUGUCACUUCUGAAGAACUGAUGGAUUAUUAUCAUGGAGUAAAGUAAAUGGCUACCUAGUCCACUGGCUAAAGUAUAUUCCAGAAGAAGACUCUUACCAUAAUAGAUAAAGGUUUCCCUGAUUUUCCAGGGAGUGCUCCCCCCCUUUAGUAAUGGAGGUACUGCAAUGCGACGGUUGUGACUUCCGUGCAGACUCGUACGACGACUUGAAGAGCCACAUUCAGGAAGUGCACACUGUCUUCCUGCAGCCUGCUGACGCAGACGAGUCAGACUCUCUGAGAGAGGAGCAGGAGGAGGAAGAAGACGAAGAAGACAAGCAGGCGGAGGAUGAAGCAGGAGUGCAGGAAACCGGGAACAAGGAUGACAAGAAUUACACACCACCUAAAGCUGGAAUGAGUCCCGACUCUGCCGACAGCUCCAGCAAGACAUCGCCGAAGCAAAUUGGUGAAACCCAUUUGCUGUUCUACCAGUGCAAGUUCUGCGUCCGUUACUUCAGAUCCAAGUCGUUCUUGAGGAAUCACACCAAGAAGGUGCACAAUGUUGUCGAGGAGGACGUGGUCGCACAGAUAUCCUCGCAGACAGACAAUUCCAAUUCCAAAAUGUAUUCCUGCCAGUAUUGCACAUACAAGUCUCCGCGCAAAGCAAGGAUGAUGAAACACCAUGUUACGUAUCAUAGCAAAGCCCCUGCUGGCUCAGCUGCUGCACCAGAGACUGCAGAACUAGAUGAAGAGUCGGGGGCAUCCAGCGACCUUUCGAGUGGGACGUUUGCCUGUGAAUGGUGUGAUUAUCAGACUGACCUGAAGGCCAGCUGGACCAACCAUAUAGUAAAGGAACAUGAUGACAAGGUCAAAAUAGUGUCCAGUGUUCCUGAGCCAGAAGGAGACAUCUGUGCAGCAACCUCACUUAAACCAGAUUCUCCCUCCCAAAGUCCUACGAGAUCAAACACAGCAUUGUCUGAAGGACAUGAGGAUCCAAUGACGGAAAUGCUUGAAAACACAUCAGCACAGACUCCUGCGGUCACACCUGCUAGUGCAGGAUGCUCAGUUUCACCCAGGAGGCCAAACAGUGGAAGUGAGAUAGACGCCAGCGUACAAAAUGAAGAGGAUUCAAGAAGCAGCUUAGAAGGUGAUGAUGAAGAGCUUGGUGAUAUAGAUGAUCCUAGCUACACUGGAACGCUUUCAGCAGAUGCGAAACAGCUUUUAACAGACGAGGACAAUAAGCUGCUGGAGACCAAAGGAAUUCCGUUCAGGAAAUACCAGAACCGUUUCCAAUGUCCCUUUUGCUCCUUCCUUACCAUGCACAGACGGAGCAUCUCACGCCACAUUGAAAACAUUCACCUCUCUGGUAAAACCACAGUGUAUAAAUGUGAUGAAUGCCCGUUUAUUUGCACCAGCCCUCUUAAAUUAGGCACACACAAACAGAGUCACUGUAACUCUGAUGUGGAGACCAUGGACCUGACGAGCGACAGCCCCGAACCUCACAAUGAUGGUACUGCAGAGCCCGUCAAUGGGGCAAAUGUAAGUAUGUCCAAGAUGAAUGGAAAAAAGUCAAUCAGCGUCUUAAAUGACCAGCAGAACCCACACCGCUGCACACUCUGCAACUACUCCACAACGACUUUAAAGGGACUGAGGGUUCAUCAGCAGCACAAGCAUUCCUACUGUGAUGACAUGGAUCCCACCGUCUCAGAAAGUCAGCUGGCCGACCAGCUGGACACGGACUUGGCGGCCUCGCCAACAUGUCUACAAAAAACCCAAACUUCUAUUUUAGGGCUUGCAACCAAAAAACCUUUGGUUGGUGGUAAACGAGCAAGAAAGUCCAUCAAUGACCUACCUUUGGAUUUGUCUUCAGUCAAAAAGAGAACAAGAAUUGAUGAAAUCGCGAGCAAUCUUCAAAGCAAAAUCAGCCAAAGUCAACAGGACGUGGUCAUAAAUCUGGAUGAAAUGGAUGACGAGGACAUGGGCGACCAUCACAGCAAUGAAGGAAGUAACCAUGAUGGCAAGAAUGCCAUCUUUGCAUACAACAUACUGCAGCCACACACAAGGGAUUCAUCUCACAAAGGAGGCAGGAUUGGAAAAAGAAAAAGCCACCCUAAAUCAAACACCAGGAGUCUACCGCUGUCCCAGACUCUUUCAGAUGAUAGUGAAAUCAUUUCAGGUGAUAUGAUUGAUGGCCGAGACGCUCCCCAAGAUAACAGUGACUAUUCCGUAGAUCCUGGAAUGGCGCGUUUUUACUGUAAACACUGUGAUUACCACAACAAAUCUGCUCGUAGUGUCAGUACUCAUUAUCAGAGGAUGCACCCUUACAUCAAAUUCAGCUUUAAGUACAUCCUGGACCCAGAGGACCAGAGCGCUGUCUUCCGCUGCUUGGAGUGCUACAUUGAGUACACAAACUACAAUGACCUACACCAACACUACAUGGAUCACCAUCCAGAAGCCAGCAACGUGCUCAACUUUAACCAGCCCAAUUUAGUGUACAUGUGUCGCUUCUGUUCAUACACAAGCCCCAAUGUGCGAAGCCUAAUGCCCCACUACCAGCGAAUGCAUCCCACUGUGAAGAUCAACAAUGCCAUGAUCUUCUCCAGCUACGUUGUUGAGCAGUCGCAUAAGUCUGGUGAGUCACAAACUCUAAGGGAGAUAUUAAACUCUGGCCCAAAAAUAUUUAACUCAGCUACGUCCACUCCAAAGUCCUCUUCGAGCCCACUGCUUAAAGCAGUGCCCAAGACUCCUGAAUCAGGUGUGGAGGUGGAUCCCCUCAAGGAUGCAAUGGCCGGCAGUGUUGUUGUCUACGAUUGUGACAUGUGUUCCUUUUCCAGCCCCAACAUGCACUCUGUUUUGGUCCAUUAUCAAAAGAAACACCCCGAACAAAAGGCAUCUUACUUCCGCAUACAGAAAUCUAUGAAAGUUGUUUCGGUGGAUCAACCUGUUGCUAAUGCCUCGUUUAAUUUGAACAUGUCAAGUACCCCAAAAAAAUCAAGCGCGGCACUUUAUGGAUUAGAUGAGGAUAUGUUCUACUGCAAACACUGUGUAUAUAGCAACAAAUCUGUUGUGGGCGUGUUGGUGCAUUAUCAAAAGAGACAUCCAGAAGUAAAAGUGACAGCCAAAUAUAUAAAACAUGGAGCCCCCACUCCGGGUUUGUUGAAACUAAUUGAUGAAUUACAAAUAGCAGCGCCCAAGCAGUUUAUGACGCAGUUUGCAAACAAUGGUCACGAUGGUUCCAGCAACUCAAGUCCUAAACCUGGAAGUGGAGAUAAAUGUGAGGAUGAACUGUUCUUCUGUCAACACUGCGAUUACGGCAACCGGACAGUUAAAGGGGUGCUGAUUCAUUAUCAGAAGAAACACAAGGAAACUAAAGCAAAUGCUGACCUUGUGCGACGUCACACGGCUGUUGUCCGCAGUCAGCGUGAGCGCGCGCAGUCUAGCAGCGUUCCUUCCGCCACCAUUCCGGCUCCUCCCGACCCCGAAAACACUGCACCGCUACGUUCCCUGAAGUGCAGACACUGUCCCUACACAUCCCCUUAUGUGUACGCCCUCAAGAAGCAUCUCAAAAAGGAUCACCCAACGUCUAAGGCCACAACCUUGACCAUUUUACACUGGGCUUACCAAGAUGGCAUUCUUGAGGCAGGCUAUCACUGUGAAUGGUGCAUUUACUCCCACUCUGAACCCCAAGGCCUGCUUCUUCAUUACCAAAGACGCCACCCGGAGCAUAAUGUAGACUACGCCUACAUGGCCAGCAAGCUCUGGGCCGGACCAGAGACCACUCCACAAGGGGGUAACCUUGAAACAAAACAUUACAAAUGUAAGGACUGUGCCUUUGAGGCUUGCACAAUAUAUGACAUAACUAGCCACUAUCAGGCAGUGCACCCCUGGGCGAUCCAAGAGGACGAAUCUGUUAUUUUGGAUAUCAUUAAAGGAAACACUUCAGCUGAUAAGACCCCAAAAGAAAACACAUCUUUCAAAAGCCAGUCCGUUGAGGAUGAUGGCGCUCUGUACAUUGUCACCCCACCUCGAGAGAGCAACCCCAAUCCCACUCACCCACGUCUCUCCAUUUCCAAUAAUCCCUAUCAGUGCACAGUGUGUCUGUCCGAGUACAACAGCCUCCAUGGCCUCCUGACACACUAUGGCAAAAAGCACCCCGGUAUGAAAGUCAAAGCUGCAGAUUUCGCACAGGAGGCAGACAUCAAUCCGAGCUCUGUGUAUAAAUGUCGCCACUGCCCCUACGUGAACUCCCGCAUCCACGGCGUCCUCACCCACUACCAGAAAAGACACCCCUUAGUGAAAGUCACGGCAGAGGAUUUUGCUAAUGACAUAGAGCAAAUCUCAGACACAAAUGAAGCAGAAGACAAGAACAAGACUCAAAGGCAGGGCUAUGGCGCGUACAGGUGUAAAAUGUGCUCGUAUACACACGGCACACUGGAAAAACUCAAAAUUCACUAUGAGAAAUACCACAAUCAGUCUGUGACAGAGAUUUUCACACCCGGGUUGACAAAUUUCUCAGUCAGCCAAGACACAGAACCGGUAGCGGAAUGUAGUGCUGGUCAUACUUCAAGCGCAGGGAAAAUUCAGGAGGUCAAUGAUGUGGACUUCACCCUGUCUCACGCAUCCAUCAAUAAGCCAGAGAAGCAUGCCGUGUUCAAGUGUCAGCUCUGCAAAUACUUCUGCUCCACCCGGAAAGGCAUCGCUCGCCACUACCGCAUCAAGCACAACAAUGUGCGUGCUCAGCCGGAGGGUAAAAACAACGUCUUCAAAUGUGCGCUGUGUUCGUACACCAAUCCCAUUCGCAAGGGCCUGGCAGCACACUACCAGAAGCGCCACGAUAUCGAUGCUUACUAUACCCACUGCCUGGCUGCUUCCAAGACUAUGACUGAGAAGCCAAACAAAGUAAUAUUAACACCAUCCUCCGAGCAGGAGAAUUCAGAAAUGAGCGAAGAAGUGCGCUUGGCCGUAGAGAGGAGAAAGUGUUCUCUUUGUCCCUUCCAGGCCUUUAGCAGAAAGAGCAUUGUGUCGCACUAUAUCAAACGCCAUCCGGGUGUCUUCCCCAAGAAGCAGCAUGCUAGCAAGCUCAGUCGCUACUUUACUGUCAUUUAUGCCAAAGAACCUGAGAAAACGGAUGAUAGUGAAGGUGAAAACAAGGAAGCGUUGGACGACGCCCCGGAUCCAGAGCAAGAUGGGGACUGCCUGCCCUUUAAGUGUCUCAAAUGUUUCCGGUUGUCCUUCAGCAACGGCCUGCUGCUAUCUAUGCACUACAAUGACUACCACAGGACAGACUUCAAAAGAGACUUUGCCGUGUCGCCGGACCCCGUGGAUGAUGACGACGCGUCAGAGUCAUUCCAGUGUUCCCAUUGCGAGCUGAAGUUUCUGUCUCUACCCGAUCUUGCCUCGCAUCUGCUCAACCACAACGAAGAGUUUCAGAAGAGGGCCACUCGGCAUGAGAGGAGACGACAGCUUCUCAACAAACAGAAAUCAGCAGAUGUACCCGAGAGCAAGUCUGAAAAGGAAAGCUGUGCAAACAAAGCUCCUAUAGGCUUCAGGUGUAACUUCUGUGUGGAGGUGCAUACAACCAUCCGAGCUAUAUGCAAUCACCUGAGGAAGCAUGUCCAAUAUGGAGAGGUCAAAGAGGGACAUGUCAAGCAGGAAGUCAGCGAGGUGGCCCUCACCAUGCCAUCGGAGAGACUCGUUAAUGGUGGUGCAGUGGAGGAUGAAGCCGGAAACGAACGACCCGAAGACGCCACAAAGGGUGUCGCUACACCGGAGUCUGAUGCUGUUGAGGGGAAGUCUUCAGCACUCAAGCAACGGCUAGCGACGGGGGGCCACCCGUGUGCGCAGUGCGAUCGGGUCUUCAUGUCCAUGCAGGGUCUCCGCUCCCACGAGAGGAGCCACUCCGCCAUGGCCAUGAUCAUCAGAGAGGACAAGUAUAGCUGCCACUACUGCCAGUUUGUCUCACCCUUCAGACACAAUCUGGACAGACACAUGCAGUCUCACCACGGACACCACAAACCCUUCAAGUGCAAACUCUGCCCCUUUAAGUCCGCCUACGUGAGCCGCUUGAAGAGCCACCUCCACAAGGCACACACUGGUGAGCAGCACACAUAUAAGUGCUUGUCCUGCCCUUUCUCCUCCAUGACCAUCAGCCAGUUAAAAGAGCAUUCUUUGCAAGACCACGGCGAAGCCCUCACCCUUCCCAAACUGCGGGCUGCCACGCAGGCUGCACACAACGCUCUUAGGACCCCUACCCGAUCGACCACCAAUGCAGAGAACAGCCCCUUGACUCCAGAGGAGACUUCAUAUUGGGAACCGGCGGACGUCCAAGAGCAGCUCAGCCAUUACCAGAUUGCCUCUCGAACUCACACGUCUCCCAGCGACCAUCGGCCCGACAGCAUCCUCACCUGCGAGUUCUGCGAGUUCAGCUCUGGCUACAUGCAGAGCCUGCGGCGACACUACCGAGACCGCCACGGUGGCAAGAAGCUCUUUAAAUGCAAAGACUGCCCCUUCUUCACUUGCUACAAGAAUACUUUCACCUUGCACGUGGAGGCAGGCCACAGCAACAACAACAACAACAACGUGCAGGAGGAUGUCCAGAAAGACCUCCGCUGCCCUCUCUGUCUUUAUCACACCAAAUACAAAAGCAGCAUGAUCGACCACAUUGUCCUGCACAGAGAGGAGCGCGUAGGUCCAAUGGAAGUGAAUCGCUCCAAGCUAUCGCGUCACCUCCAAGGCAUGGUGUUCCGCUGCCACAAGUGCACGUUCACAUGCUCCAGCGACCACGCCCUGCAGAUGCACCUGCACAAGCACGCCGAGCUCAAGCCUUACCGCUGCCAGCUUUGCUACUACGACAGCCGCCGCCGCAGCCAGCUGCAGGAGCACCUUCGCGUCGAGCACAAAGUCAUCCGGAACUUCGAACUGAUGGGCCGCGUCAACUUAGACCAGCUGGAGAUGAUGGACGAGCAGGAAAACAGCAGCGAGGAAGAGGAGGAGGAGCUGCACAAGCAGCAGCCGCAGCUGGUGCAAGGGGAGGGACAAGAGGAGGAGCAGGGCAACACCAUGGAGCUGUCAGUAGACAAACAUGAGGCUGCUGCUGCAACGGAGGAGGAUGAAGUCAUGGAGAUGACAGAGAGCCCGAAAGAGGAAGAGGGAGGCGUAGAGGAUGACGAGCGGGAGGGCACCAUCAAAGAGGAAGAGGAGGAAGAUGAUGAAUUCAAAGACGCUGCAGAAGAAAGGCCUGUACUACAAGAAGUCCUUGCUUCCCCAACGAGGAGCAGCAGCAGCAGCAGCAGCAGCAGUAGUAGCAGUAGUAGUAGUGGCAGUAGUAGCAGCAGCAGCAGCGGCGGAGAGAAGCGUCUUCCCUGCGAAUUCUGUGGACGCUGCUUCACUAACAAUCUAGAGUGGGAGCGCCAUGUCCUUCGCCAUGGAAUGAUGGUGAACAAAAGCCAAAUGGAUUCCAGCGCAAAUUCCAACACGGACGCCUCCGCCCCAUCCUCCCUCUCUUCCACUUCCAUCGACACCGGACUGGAACUUUUAACCAACCAGGACGAGGACCAUAACCCUUCGGCCAUUUCACCGAGUAAGCCCAUGGACGCAGAGUCGGUCGACGCAAAAAAGGAUCAACAGUCUGAUUGACUCAAUUAAGACUUUUGAAGGUUAGGUUCAAAUAAGAUGUUAAAGGAAAAAAAACACAAUAUACAAUUGAAAAUGUUUUAUGAGUUGGCACGUCAUUAGAUUGUGUGUUAUAUAUAUAUGUGUAUAUAUAUAUAUGUAUAUAUAUUUAUAUAUGUGUAUAUAUAUGUAUAUGUAUAUAAUUUUAGGUUGUUCUGCUUGAAAAAAAAUAAAAAGCUGGCAGUCCCCUAGGACAGAUUUUAAUAUAUUGGUAACCAAUAGUGAACUUUAUUGCUGACAUUCUGGUCAAAAAGUACAGUGAAAUAUGCCACCUAUCUAUAUCAAAAGUAUUUAUAUCAUGACAAUGUUGCCCCAAAAUGAUAUUCCAAAUUGAGCUCAUUUGAAGCACCUUUGACACUUACAUGAAAAAAAUAACAACUGAAAUGUAGAGAGGAUACUUUUACCUUAAAUUCUUCCUAUUCCAAGCCUUGUUGAAACAUGUAGUUAGGCUCGCACCUUAUCUAUUUUAUUACUAAUCCUUGUUGGUAGAAACAAUUGACCUCCCCUCGCGUUUUGUAGCAAAUUGCUAUCUUUAGAUCCUUUAUGAUAUAAUCAUUAUACUACGUAUAAGCCUUCAGCUCUUAAGUGUUUGGACUGUACUGUUUAUGAGGAUUGUUCAGUAAUAUCACAAAUUUCGUUCCACUAUGUGCUCGAUGGAUAUACACAAUGACGACAUAUUGAUGUCUGAUCCACGCAGCUACAUAAUUAAAAUUUUGGAGAAUAGUAGGCUUUUUGGCUGGACUGCAGGUUAGCGUGCUACAUGAGGUGCUAAAGGUUGCACUUGUCUUUUUGGCAAAGAUUUGAUCCAUUCCUUGAAGCAUUUUAGGAUGAAAUGAGCACACUACUUGGCUGUAAUCAGUCGACUUGUUGUUGAUUUAGUCAUCUAAAUCCAUGGCAAGUAUUAUUAAAACAUUCAACAAUUUAUAUUUUGAUAGUUCACAUUCCGUACAGAAAGUAGUGUUGCGCUGAUACCAUUAUUGGUACUGAUACGGCAAUAAAAUUGAGUCAUCGGUAUCUGGGAGUACCAAGAAAUAAUGUGCCGAUGUAAAUGUACUUUUCGAUAGUUUUCAACCACUGGUCGCCUCACUCAAGAUGGCCGCCAGCUACGCAUGCCAACGGGAAUAAAAGGGGCGCUUGUCGCCUUUCCUAGGAUGAUGAUAGACAUCCAAUUGUGUGGCGACCAGUCAUCUUUCUGCUGUGAAUUUCAAAGGGUUUAUUACUAGUAGCUGUCCAAUUCAUUUGAACUAGGAGGGGUCUGCCAACCCUCCCACUUCAAACGACCAAGCCGUGAUAGUAAUUAUUUUACAUUCAAGUGACUUUCCAGUAAUUUCGUUUUUAAAAAAGGUAUAUAUUUACAGUAUCGAAAUCAGCCAAUACCACAGAAAUCAGAAUUUGUAUCUGGAACCCAAAAAAUGUUAUUGGUGCAACACCACAAGACAGUUGAUUUUUAAACAAGCUUGUGAACAGAAAAGUUUAAAUUGUGUUGUUUUGACAGUUAGCCUCCAUUUUGAAACCCGGCCCAAAAGGCUUGUUCUUUUCAUUACUAAAGACGUGAAGGGAAACUAUGUUACGAAGUUUACUGCACAGAUACUAUAUAUUUUUUUUAAUUUAUUUUGAUGCACACACCACAUAUGCAGACCAAGCUACAUAUUCAUUAGCUUCACCAUGGCUACUGGAAGUUAGCGCUCUGAAAAUGAAGUUAAUUCUAUAAUAAAGUAUUCCUACGAAACUUAAUACUAAAAUAUAAAUACAUUUGACUGCCGGUCAUGUUUUAGGAACUCUAAAUUUUCCGUUUCUAGCUAGUGGUCCUCUGUUUACCAUGCGGUAAAGUACAACGCUGUAGUUUUUCACCAAGCUAACCUCUUUUUUAGCCUAUUAGUUGCUAGAAGCCCCCCCACCCCCCACCUUUGAACUCCUGUGUUAGCGUUAAAUAACAUAGAAAGGCAAGUACAACCUUGAUGAAAAACCUCAUUUAUUUUACUGGGAUAUAAUUCAAACAAGCGUCACCUCUCCCUCCUAUGUCAACUUAUUAUCUGUAUUUGUGUGCUUCUUUUAGUAACAGUUAAUGAAGAAAACAAAACAAAAAAAAAAGCAUAGAUUGUAUUUGUGUUGAAAGUUGCUGCUCGAAUGCCCUGAAGCCUUAUUAAGAGGAAAUGAAACGGAGCAAUCAGACCUUCAUCAAAACCCCAAAUAAGUGACGUUUAUUGUAAAAAAAUGUUUGAUGUUUAACUACGUUUCAGCCGACUAGUUCUCAAACCUGCUGUGUUGCACUGCUGUUUGUGUCUUUCCGUUAAUUGGGAGGAUAUACGCUUACAUUGUCCCAAAUUGAGUUAGUAUCCGUGUCCAGAAAACAAAAGCUACUUUAAGGAAAGCUAUGCUAAUGUCUGUUCCGCCCCAUUCAGCUUUGAAAAAUUUUCAUUUUUUUGCUACGAUAGUGAAAUCAUCCCAGACUGUUACACAAACCCCGUUAACAAAAGGUUGCAUAAGAAGCUUGAUGUCGUGCCCCCAUUCAGUGUUAUGCCGUACAUACAGAACAGUAGAAAAAUUAACAAUAUACAGUCCGUAUAAAGUGGGCUUUACAUUGAUAGAACAUUCAUGAGUCAACUCAUCAAUCAGUAGAAAUCUGGGUCCAGGUAAUCCUGAACAUUUGUAUCCUUCAUCAUGUGUCCGUAUUUGGCGCAAGGUGGGAAUGUGUCGGCCCUUAUGUGCUCGUCUUUUUCCUGACUUUAGCGUAGCUUCAUAGCGGUCCGUUCGGUGCGGAGUUCUCGUUGCCCAGUUAGACCUUUUCCUAAUGUAAGAAACCAGAUGUCCAGACAAUCUGGGAAUUUGAGGCCCUUGAACCUAUAUAUUUUUUUGUGAAUUUGUGAUCAUUUUAAAUAGUUUGUGACUAAGAAUCUCCCUCACUGUGUGAUCACAGUACAGUGCUGACUGUAAAAAGAGAAAAAAAAUCCUGCUUGACCCAAAGUUUUGAGUCCCUACUGACAAAACACUGGAUAUAUACUUUGUACAUACAUUUUUUUCUUUGAUUCAUAGGUUGACACUAGAAUCUGUCCUUCUAUGCCUUUUUCUUCCUGUUUCAAUCUAAAUCCCAGGAUUUGGUGGGUUGUGAUCGUUGCCUAGGAUGAUUGUUUACAAUUUGUCCAUGUUAUCUCUGGAUAUUCUGUACAUAUUGUAAUUCAUUGUCUUUUUUUAACUUGAUAAUAAAGUUAUCAGAUAACUCAU